AGAACAUGUUGGGUUGGUUGGCAUGGACUAUUUUCUUCUUGUGCACAAUUGUCAGUUUAAGUUGCGUCAAGAUGGAGGAUCUCGAGACGUCAGCGACGAUCGAGUUCCACGGCGCGCGUUAUGUGGUGACGGUGCAGGUACAACAGCAGCUGCUACACGUGCAGGUAGAAGCAGCCGACGCGAACGUUGCGCCGUCGAGCGUCUGGACGGGCAAGUUCCCAGCUUCCGACGUCGAGCAACUUACUCGCCAGACCGGCAACUCAAAGAGAUUCCCAGUUUUCGUCCAGAUGCUACUUACAGCACUGCAUCGGCGAAGUGACACGGUGUUUGUGGAUCUCUUGACGGCGGCAGACUUGAAUCUCUACAGGCAACGCAAGCUACAACCGGGAGCGGUAUCGGAAGGAUUGACAAGCGCCGCUACGGCUACGAGCACUGGGAAAAGAUACUUAAUAUUGACUUAUGCCGUCGAGUUCGACCGAGUGCACUAUCCUCUACCUUUGACUCACGAAGUUUCGCCAUCUCCAGAAGUUUUACAGCGGACUAUCAGAAGACUGAGACAGGCAUUGGCUGAAAAAGAGAACUUCUCUGUUAAUGGGAGCAACACUCGAUUGUCUGAGGAGAAUACGGCUCUGAAAGAGGAAAAUCGGUGCUUGAAGAACACGUUGAAACAGUAUUGUGAUAAUGUGAGUGGCAAUGGAAAUGUGGGGAUAAAUUCGACGGGAGAAUUGCAGCGAGAGCUUCAGGCGUCCAUUGAGGAAAAUAAAGAGCUUAUUGCACUCUACCAGCAGUUUCGAGAGGAUUCGGCUGUAGAGACGGCACGGUUGCGGACGGAGAUCAAACAACUACGACUUGCGUCCCAGCAGAAUGACCGCAGCGAAUUAGCGAGACAGGAGCAAGAAAGACUGGAGACAAGACGCAAGAUCAAGGACAGCAAUGCUGCUGUACAGGAGACUCUGGCCCAAAUGGUGCAAAUGAAAGCGCAGUUAGAGGAGACACAGCUCAAGAACCGGGAACUGCUUCGUCAACUUGCAGUUGCACGCGCACAAGCUGGACAACAUGGGGCGCGUCAGCGUCCAGCGCUCAAUGGCACCCGUGCAAACGAAUCGCGGUUCACGCGGGGCAGAUCUCCCUCAAUGCGUCCAGUUCAGUCUCCAGCGAGUAGUGUUAGACACCAGCAAACCAACACCGUCUUCCCUGCUCCAUUCCAGUCUUCUUCUACCCACUACGGUCCUUCAGAUGACGAGGACACAGGCACAAGAACACCAAGAACCACUCGACGCAGACAACACACGACCCGUCCAGCUUUCCGUCGCUUUGAUCCGACUGCGUAUCAACAAGAAAAGGAACGAAAGCUACGCGAGGCCCGAGCGCGUUCAAACUCUCGCACGCGUCCGCCACGGCCCAACGGAGGCUACACGUCGGAUAGCUCGGCUGGUGGGUAUUCGUCAGCGGAUUCCCGAGGUUCCAAGACUUCGUCUCGUUCUACACGCUCACGCAACUCACGACUGUCAAAAGAGCGACAGCGAGAGCUGGACGCUCGGUUGUCAUCGCCCAAACGUGCCAUGGAGCCUCCCCCACUUGAUUCUCGACGUCCACGUGCUUCGAACAACUCGCCGUUGCCUCGUUCUGGUCGUUCGUUAAGUCGUGGCCGCUCUCCGUCUCCAACACCAUCAAAUACCAGCAGAAAUGGCCGUAAAGCCACCCCAAGAGGGUCUCCAGCCUCGUCACCGCGCGUACCACCACAGACUCAGCAGAAGUCUGUGUUGAAACGAAGGAAACAACCGCCACAAGCGCUACUGGACACGUCAGCAGAUUCUUUCAGCGACAUCGACGACCGACUCACAGCACUACAGCAAUUUCUUCGAGAGGCGAAGCAAGGAGGAGUCGGAGUCGCCGGAGCGAGUACAGCAGCAUGAAGGAUAAAAGCGAAGACAAAAGUAUCAACGCAAUAUUUAUCGUUUAAGUAUGUGCAUGUUGGCUAGUGGGUAUGAACAAUUGGGCAUAGACGUCCUGAAGCCUCAUGAAAAAAAAAGAAAAGAAUAAUAGCUACAGCCACACGUUCGUCUCGUCAGGCUCGUGUGCUGCC